AUGAAACAGCUUUUCAAACUUCUCAGUGCUCCACGACCUCGAUUUCCUUUUAAAUCUUCGACGACAAGCUUCCUCUACCACACAACACGAUCCAUCAUGUCUUUUGAAACCACAGGCACCAUCGCUUCCUUCGGGGGCAAGGUGUUGAAGCUGAAGCACAAGUCCUCGAGCACAAACACAGACAUGGAGCUCAAUGUCUUCUUGCCACCACAAGCAUUGAAGGACGGGGCAAAGGUCCCUGUGCUCUUUUACCUCUCCGGUCUGACAUGUACUGGAAACAACUGCUCGGAGAAGGGCUUCUUCCAAAACGGCGCAGCAAAACAUGGCAUUGCCGUCGUGUACCCUGACACUUCACCAAGAGGGCUGCAAAUCGAAGGCGAGGACGAGUCUUAUGAUUUCGGUUCGGGCGCAGGAUUCUACGUCGACGCGACCAAGGAGCCAUGGAACAAGGGCUACAACAUGUACUCAUACAUCACUAAGGAGCUUCCUGAGGCCCUGUUCUCAUCAUUCAAGGAGCUCGACUCGAGCAGAGUCAGCAUCACAGGUCACAGCAUGGGCGGCCACGGUGCCCUGACAUUGUUCCUCAAGAACCCCGGCAUGUACAAGUCCGUCUCCGCCUUUGCGCCCAUCGCCAACCCCAUCAACUGCCCAUGGGGCCAGAAAGCAUUCAAGGGAUACUUUGGCGAGGACCAGCAGGAUAAGUGGAAGCAGCACGAUGCCACAGAGCUUGUCAAGCAGUGGAAGGGUCCGCUGGAGAUGCUCAUCGAUGUGGGCACCGGAGACAACUUCUACAAGCAAGACCAACUUCUUCCUGAGAACUUGGUGGCGGCGGCCAAGGAAGCUGGCAACGCCGCUGGCAUCAACCUUCGCAUGCAGCCCGACUACGACCACAGCUACUACUUCAUGGCCUCGUUUGCGGACGAACACGUCGCGUACGCGGCGAAGCACUUGGGCGUAUAG